GCUCCGUGUUCCAUGAGGGAUAAUACUAUCAUACUACCAUUUCCUCGGCCGAGGAGGUACAAACUGACACCAUGCGUCCACCAACACUCAUCAAAUAUACGGCAUCACUGCCCCGAGGCCGACUCCUACCUGCUUUUUCAGCUGCUCCAGUCAAGCGAUACAGCACCGAGCAGACUUCACAUGCCCGGCUACCUCGCACUCCUCCCCCUGUCCGUCCAACACUGGCCUUGUCCACGGAGAAAAGGCCAAACGCCGUUGCAGAAUAUGCCUUAUCAACACUGGACGGUCUCGUCAACUGGGCUCGGCAGGGCUCACUUUGGCCAGUGUCCUUCGGACUUGCGUGUUGCGCCAUCGAGAUGAUGCACCUCUCCAUGCCGCGCUAUGACAACGACCGUCAGGGUAUCAUCUUCCGUGCCAGUCCGCGACAGGCCGAUGUCAUGAUCGUGGCCGGCACCGUGACUAACAAAAUGGCGCCUGCUCUCAGGCAGAUCUACGACCAAAUGCCAGAACCGAGAUGGGUCAUCAGUAUGGGGAGCUGCGCCAACGGGGGUGGCUACUACCAUUACAGCUAUUCAGUAGUCAGGGGCGUGGACCGUCUCAUACCAGUCGACAUUUUUGUGCCUGGUUGCCCGCCUACGGCUGAGGCGUUGCAGUAUGGCAUCUUUCAGCUGCAGAAGAAGAUGCGGCGGACAAAGGUCACGAGGAUGUGGUACCGGAAGUGA